AUGCGUCGCAGUCUUUUUUCCAUUAUUCUGCUGCUGCCGUUGCUGUGCUCUGCUGCGGAGGAAGAGGCGCUACCUAAGCGUCCGGAUUCAAAGAACCGUGACCGUUUUGCGACUGCAUUGGAGUUCUUCACAAAACUUUCUGAAAACAGUAAAAAAGGCGGCGCUGCGAUAGCGAAAAAGGUUGUGUCGGAGAAUAUCGGGAAGAGGGAGGAUUUCUUUCAAGCUGCGUACGCCACUCUAGAACGCUCUCCGUUCUCUGGACCGCUACCACGCUGCCUAUGUAAGGCCGCAAGUUGCGCGCUUGCCCCGUGUUAUUCGAUGUGUACAGGCCGUGAGGCUGUAAACUCGGAUAUCUUCGACUGCACUAGCUGUGUCGGAGACUGCAUACCUAUGCUAAAGUUCGUAUUCUUGGCGCUGUUUGCCCUGCUACAGCCUGCUGCAAGCAUCGAAAACAUUCGUGUUCUCCUCGACGAGCUGCGUACCAAGGAAGCAUCAAUUAUCGCCGACACCAUAGAUGUGCUUAAGGAUGAAUACGACUACAGCGAGGACCUCAUUAAAAAAGCAUUCGCACGCUGUAGAGAUGAGAGUGGAGUCACGCUAGUACCGUGCUUCAUCGACUCUCUUCAUGUGCAAAAGGUGCUGCAGGAUCACAAGUAUCAGCUUUGCGCAUUCGACUACGUCUUGUCGGUGGCAGCAGACUGUGCGGCCGAUUGUUUCGGUCACUACAAUGUCAACUGUUUAACAUGCGUUGGAAAACCCAUGCCGAAUUUUAUCAACUGCCUGAAAAAGGGUCCACAUCAAUAUUCGUCCUAUACGACCGAAAGCACGUCAAAGGACUAG